AUGACCGUCACUAUCCAAAGACCCUCUUCUUCCAACCCUCUCUACCCAGACUACCUGCCUUUCUACGACCCGCUCGAGAAAGUCGAGGACAUCGGCAAAUUUGUCCACCACGACCCGGGCCACAGAGCAGACCCUGCAAUGCCGAACCUGCUCGAAACUGCCACGGUCAUGGACCUAUCUCCGUCCAUUGGCACGGAGAUCCGCGGAACACAGCUCUCGCAGCUGACUCCAGCCGGACUCGACGAGCUUGCGCUGCUUGCUGCGCAGCGUGGAGUCGUCGUUUUCAGAGACCAGGACUACGCGGACAUCGGGUUCGAGAGACAGCUUGAGAUUGCCCGUCACUUUGGACCUCUGCACAUCCACGGCUGGGCUCCGCAUCCCGCUAACGGCCCACCCGAGUUCAUGAUAAUCUACGACGACAAAGACGAUUUGCGUGUGAGACGGUCCUGGAAAGGCCGCAGUCCUAUCCAGUUCCACUCUGACCAAUCGGCAGAGCCCCAGACCCCAGGCACUACAAUUCUGUGCAUGCUGGAGUGUCCUCCGACAGCCGGUGGAGACACUAUUUUUUCUAGUGGCUACGGAGCCUACGAGCGUCUGUCGCCAAAGUUCAGAAAGAGAUUGGAAGGCCUGCGUGCUGUCCAUUGCAACGUCGGCGUGGCCAACGCAGAAGUCACCAACAACGGGAUGUCUGCAAUCCAAAGACGCAACAUCUGCCGGACAGAGCACCCUGUUGUGGUGGUCCAUCCCGUGACCAAGAGAAAAGCUCUCUAUGUCACUCCUGUCUACACGGAGAGCAUUGUGGGUAUGCAGAAAGAGGAGAGCGACGCUCUGCUGAACUUUCUGUUUAGCCACAUCAUCCGCGGACAGGACUUUGCGUGCCGUGUGAGAUACGACAAGGGCACCGUAGUGGUCUGGGACCAAAGAGUCACCUGCCACUCCCAAACCCUGGACUAUCCCGUGGACCAGUACCGUCGGCACGGGUUCCGGCUGACGCCGCUGGCCAAUCGCCCAAUUCCUGCAAAGGAAGAUUCGGACGACGAGCGGCUCGACGAGUAUCUGUAUACCUAA